AUGAAGACCAUUGCCCUCAUCUCCGGCGGAAAGGACAGCAUCCUCUCAGUGCUGCUCGCGCUGCGAUACGGAUACCAGCCAGUUGUGGUGGCGAACAUCGCCCCAACAUGCAGUGCGGGCCCUGAGCACGUGCAUGAAAUCGAUUCAUACUCUUUCCAAACUGUGGGCCACGAGGUGGUGCAGUCCAUUGGCGCUUGCAUGCAGCUGCCUCUUCGCCGCGCGUACAUACGCGCCGGUCAGUCCAAGGUGCAGGAGCUGCACUACACGAGGGAGCGUGACGACGAAGAUGAGAUCGAAUGUCUCUACCGACUUCUGCGCUCUAUAAAGGAGGAGUUUCCAGAGGUGGAGGGUGUUACAACUGGUGCGAUCCUCUCGCACUAUCAGCGUUAUCGUGUGGAGGAUGUGUGUGAACGCCUGGGUAUUUCCUCGAUCGCAUUUCUCUGGCAGCGCCCGGCUGAUGAAGUUCUCGAUAUGGCUUCCGCGCUGCGUGUGCGUGCCAUUCUUGUCAAGACAGCGUCCAUUGGUCUAAACCCAAGAACGCACCUUGGUAAGACCUUACAGGACGUGCGGCCGGCGCUGGAAAAGGCAGAGCAGUUGUACGGGACACACAGUGCAGGCGAAGGGGGCGAGUUCGAGACCAUUGUGCUUGACUGCCCACUGUUUAAGGAACAAUGUCUGGAGGUUGUGGCGCUGGAGCCGGUCAUUGUGGACGAUAAUGAGUACUCCCCUUCUGGCCACGCGCUCCUCAAGGUGAAGCUGCGUGACAAGACAAGUGAGGAACGAGAUGCGGAUACGGAUCUGCUGCGGAAGCUUCCGACACUGGUAUUUCCUUCGGAUCAUAUGGCGCACCUUCCCUCUCCAGAGCGCAUGUUGCAAGUAUUCACGGGGCCAAUGGAGCCAGCAGCAUGCUCCAUUCCGAGUGAGGAUAAUACUAGCUUUUGGAGCUGUGCCUGUGAUGUCUACAAUAGUGAACCUCUCACAACGGAAGACAGCGUGGAGUGUUGCUCUGAGGGUGUUUUACAACAGGUUGUGGAAGACAUGGCGAGAAAGAGCCGUGAGGUCUUCUUUCUUCUUGUGCUUGCUCCAUCUGUGCGGCAUGCUUCCGCUUUUUAUCACGCAUUUGGGCGACUAUUUCCUGACGUUAAGCCUCCUGGUUGUACAUUUGUUGAACGUUCAGAACUACUGGCGCUCCGCGUGGAGGCUCUUUCGGCGCCGCGCUGCUCAAUUAAUCGGUCAGCUAUGCACAUGCGGAGUAUCAGCUGCUUUGCGGCCGCAUCGAUGGGGCCAUAUUCUCUAGUGAACGCCGUGACGGUGGGAAAUGAGCGCCGCACCCUUGUGAGUGGGUGCAUUGGGCUAGUGCCGGUGACACAGCUGCUGGCGACGGCGGAUGAAAUGCCAGAGCUGUUGUCAAUUCCGCUCUCCUCUGUGUGUGGUGUUUUGAGUGUCGAGGAGGAUUUGCUGCGAGCAUUUAUCGCGCAGUUUGCCUUUAUGUAUGCAAAUAGUGUAGCUGGGCUCUCACACUUUGGCGCUGAUGGCACCACCCCAACACAUGCGACCUUCCUGCUGAGGGACAUGCGAUUCACACCACUUUUGUCGCCGUUGUGGCAAUGGUGCACCAACAGUCCCACGCGGCUCGUUCCUUGGGCCGAUUCGCAGACGUGUGCGUUGGGCGAUGGCCUUGUGUGUCGUGUCUUCAAAGUGACACAACUUCAAUCUUGUGCGAUGGUGGGAGUUAUACUGGAGCGUCGAGCCCCUCGUUUGGAUGAUUAA